AUGUCGCCAAAUGUCAGCCGCGUUCCUCGUGGCAUCUCUACCUGCAUCAAGGAGUUGAACAGCAUCUACCAUGAACGCAACUUUGCUCUUCGCUUCUUCGCUGUAUUCCUGGCGGCCUCGUACGUCGUCGGAACACCCGGCUUUGGCGGUGGUGGUUCCAUCUACUUUGGCGGCGGUGGUGGUGGCUACGGAAUGGGUAUGGAUUAUGAAAUGGAUGGAAUGGGUUCCGGAAUGAUGGGAAUGAUGGGUGGUUUUGGUUAUGAUGACGGGAUGAGUUCAGGAAUGGGCUACGGCAUGAGUUACGGAAUGACAGGCAUGGAUGGUGGAAUGGGCUAUGGCAUGGGUAGCGGAAUGGGCUUCGGCUUGGGCGGGGAAAUCGGGGGCAUGGGUUUCGUACUGCCUCGCGCCUCUCGCGAGUAUAAUGGGAAGGCUAUUAAAGUAAAAGAGUACAAGCUGAGAGAGAUAUCUUUCAGCAAAGACUUCAAGAUAGGAAUGGAGGGAUAUGGCCACAAGAUGGUGAUAGACGCCUUAGACAAGGACGAGUUUGAAUCUAUACGUCUGUUCUCGAGAGUGCGCCAGUUGAGUGUAUUUUGCAGAUUCGUCGGAACACCCGGCUCCUACUAUGGCGGUAGUGGCGCCAGCUACUAUGGCGGUGGUGGCGGAGAUAUGGGCGGUGUCAUCGGUAUGGAUAUGAGCUCUGCUAAUGGUGGCGGGAUGAUGAGCGCAAUGGAUGGCGCCAUGAUGGGUGGCGAGAUGAUGAGCGCAAUGAAUGGCGCCAUGAUGGGUGGCGGGAUGAUGAGCGCAAUGAAUGGCGCCAUGAUGGGUGGCGGGAUGAUGAGCACAAUGAAUGGCGCCAAGAAGGGUGGCGGGAUGAUGAGCGCAAUGGAUGGCGCCAUGAUGGGUGGCGAGAUGAUGAGCGCAAUGAAUGGCGCCAUGAUGGGUGGCGGGAUGAUGAGCGCAAUGAAUGGCGCCACGAUGGGUGGCGGGAUGAUGAGCCCAAUGAAUGGCGCGAAGAAGGGUCACGGGAUAAUGAGCCCAAUUUAUGGCGCCAAGAAGGGUGGCGGGAUGAUGAGCACAACUAAUGGCGCCAUGAUGGGUGGUGGGAUGAUGAGCCCAAUGAAUGGCGCCAUGAUGGGUGGCGGGAUGAUGAGCGCAAUGAAUGGCGCCACGAUGGGUGGCGGGAUGAUGAGCCCAAUGAAUGGCGCGAAGAAGGGUCACGGGAUAAUGAGCCCAAUUUAUGGCGCCAAGAAGGGUGGCGGGAUGAUGAGCACAACUAAUGGCGCCAUGAUGGGUGGUGGGAUGAUGAGCCCAAUGAAUGGCGCCAUGAUGGGUGGCGGGAUGAUGAGCGCAAUGAAUGGCGCCACGAUGGGUGGCGGGAUGAUGAACCCAAUGAAUGGCGCGAAGAAGGGUCACGGGAAAAUGAGCCCAAUUUAUGGCGCCAAGAAGGGUGGCGGGAUGAUGAGCCCAAUGAAUGGCGCCAUGAUGGGUGGCGGGAUGAUGAGCGCAAUGGAUGGCGCCAUGAUGGCUGGCGCUGAAGUGAUGGGCGGUGCUGGAAUGAUGGUCGAUGCUGAUGAAGCGGACGUCGGGGGCCGAUGCAAGUGUAGGAAGUUUUGCUUCAAAUGGGAAAAUUACGCUGGCAGGUGCAAGUGGUGCAAAAACUGGAGGUGCAGGGUUCGAUGCUGCCGAAAAUGA